AUGAUCGCCGCCUCCGCCCCCCCCCCCCCCCGCCUUGGACGCCUGGCGACCACCACAGCACUGCGGUACGACAAGUCCCUGGCUAAUAUAACUAUUCAGCAUGAGCAGUUGUCGAGGGCAAAAGAAGCGAAUAAGUCCUCGAAGAAGAAAGACUCCCAGAACCAGGCCGCCCUCGCCUCUCACCAGGCCCAGCAAUCUGCCUCCCCGAACCACGGCACGCCGACUUCAUCUACGACCUCCGUAAAUGAUAUAAGGGGAAAGUCGCCGGAUAAUGCCACGCAAGCGGGGGUGUACCCCGCUGGCCAGCAUUAUAUCCCACACGGUGCAGGCGUCGCUGGACAACCUGUGAACAAUGGACCGGGGACUCCGACCAAGCAAGGGCAGCCGAUUGCACCUAGCGUUAUCAUCAGCCCAAGCGCACCACCGCAUGUCCCCCCCCCUGGUGCCGCAGAGACGAUGCCUGGCGACUUGGCUCCUCCGAGAAAAUCCCAUGUCUUUGAUCGCCUCCAGACUACACCCAAGGAUAUGUCGGAAGGGAUUCGGACUCCAAAGCGUCAGCAUUCGUCACGAUUCGAUAUCUCCGAUCAGCGCCAACGGGAGCUGGAGAAACUUCCCGGAUUCCACGAAGUGCCACCGAAUCGGCGCCAAGAGCUUUUCAUGCAGAAGAUUGACCAGUGCAAUAUCAUUUUCGACUUCAAUGAUCCUACAGCCGACAUGAAGUCCAAGGAGAUCAAGAGACUGGCGCUCCACGAGCUCCUAGACUACGUGGCGAACAACCGUUCAGUAAUCACCGAACCCAUGUACCCUCGAGUGGUCGAGAUGUUCGCCAAAAACCUCUUUCGACCCAUCCCUCCCCCGGUUACCCCCCAAGGCGAGGCCUUUGAUCCGGAAGAGGAUGAGCCGGUCCUGGAAGUGGCCUGGCCACAUAUCCAGGUUGUAUAUGAGUUCUUCUUGAGAUUUAUCGAGAGUCAGGAUUUCAACACCAACAUCGCCAAGGCAUAUAUCGAUCAUCAUUUUGUCCUCCAGUUAUUGGAGUUAUUCGAUUCGGAAGACCCUCGCGAACGGGACUUUCUCAAGACCACAUUGCACCGGAUCUACGGAAAGUUUCUGAAUCUGCGGUCUUAUAUCCGUCGAUCCAUCAACAACGUUUUCUUCCAAUUCACGUACGAGACUGAGCGCUUCAACGGAAUAGCCGAGUUGUUAGAAAUUCUGGGGUCUAUCAUCAACGGAUUUGCCUUGCCUCUGAAGGAGGAGCAUAAGCUCUUUCUGACCCGAGUGCUGCUCCCCUUGCACAAAGUCAAGAGUCUCAGCAUGUAUCACCCACAACUCGCGUAUUGUAUCGUCCAAUUCCUUGAAAAGGAUUCUACCUUGACUAAAGAGGUCGUCAUGGGCUUGCUACGCUACUGGCCUAAGACGAACAGCACCAAGGAGGUCAUGUAUCUCAACGAAGUGGAAGAUAUCUUCGAAGUCAUGGAUCCAGCAGAAUUUGCCAAGGUGCAAGUACCUCUUUUCCAACAACUGGCCAAGUCAGUUGCAAGUCCUCAUUUCCAGGUCGCGGAACGCGCACUCUACUUCUGGAACAAUGAAUAUUUCUGCAACUUAGUCAGUGACAAUGUGGAGACGAUCCUUCCCAUCAUGUUCGCGCCGCUUUACGAGAAUUCCAAGGGUCAUUGGAAUCGAACAAUCCAUAGCAUGGUGUACAACGCCAUGAAGAUGUUCAUGGAAAUCAACCCUCAACUGUUCGACGAAUGUUCCCACGAAUAUAAUGAGCGACAGAACAGCGCCGAGCAGCGUGAGAAAUCUCGACAGGAGCGAUGGGAGAAGGUCUUGGAGCGAGCCAAGCAAAGGAAAAACGGACUCUUACCUCCUCCAGCUCCGCCUGCAGAAGUGCCAGCGCAAGUUGAUGAGGUCGAUGCUCUUGCUCAGGAUAACCAGAAGCGUCUCAACGCCCUGAAACUGGAGGACUCUGCGUCAAACAAGGAGCGGAAAGAGGGUGCAACAGCUACCGUAAGUAGCAUCCUACCGUGA